CCCGCCCACAAGUCACCUGAUAAAUGAGGCUGAUAACUGGACCAUGGUAAAAGCACAGUAAUUGAGUUAAUCGUUGGUUCCAACCUAUUUAUACAGAAGUAUCCCGAGUUUUGCCUCUAUCAGGCCAUGACCCCAGCGACGGUCAUUCGUGAUUGCAGUUUGAACAAAGUUCUCCUUUCCCUCCUUCCUUUUGCUGAACAUUGAACUUCAUUUUCUCCACUUGUCACUGCACGCAGCACCAGCGCCACUGGCACCACUGCCCGUACUAUUUCCCAAUGGCGGCUACCGAAAAGUCUGGUAUCAGCCUUAUGAGCCAAUACAAUAUCGUUCUACCGAAAAGGCAGGCGUAUGACUCUUCCGGCAAACCUAUACCUGCAUGCGACCCGGAUCAAUGUGCUGCGGCAAUAAAGGGGGAGGAUCUCCCCGUCGAUCUAAGCUCGUUUUGGCAUCAGAGAGCAGUUAUCCGUGGGAUUCGUGAUUCACUUCAAUUUGCAACAAGCCCGGCAAUUCUUGAGCUAUGCUCCGGCGACAAUGAUCAGGCCCAUCAAUUUUCCCGCGCCCGCAAUGCUCGCCUGAUAAUGAGUGACGCAAUCCCCGAUAUGCAAAAUCCUGCCACUCAGCCGUACUGUAUCUGGUAUCCCGACCUUGCAUCAGAAGAAACAUAUCGCGAAGUUGCCCGUCGGUAUCCGGCUAUGCGGUAUCAAGUGGGCCGAGCGUGUGCUGUAGCAUGCUAUACAGAUCUCUACAAAGAAUUGGACCUUUUGCCUGACGUUUCUAUUGCGGAAGAAUCUCGCGAAGCUGACAAAGACGCCGAAAUCUACAAGAUUAUCAUGUCUGCCCCCCAACGUUAUGUUGUUAUGGAAGAUUUCUCUCGAUCCGUUCAUCUUGAAAACCCACAAACACCGGCGUUUCUGAAUGGAGAUAUGAAGCCCCGAUGGGCUUUGUUAGGCCUGAAGGGGCAGCGAGUUGACCCUGGUAAAAAUUUACCAGAGACGACUGCUGAUGAUAUUGACAUCGAGGAAGAUGGAUUUAUCGGCUUGCAAGAUGUCAGCUUGGAGGAUAUUAGCGAGGACUACGCUAAACUGGGCCCAGGCCAGUCUGAUCAAUUGUGGAUGCCUCUUCCGCCUGAUCUCCCAGUUCUCGAAAAGCGUCUCCAGACGCAGAUGGCCGCGUGGGAAGGCAAUGUGGAUCGAUACAGUCGACUAAUGCACCCACGCAGGCUGAGAACCAAAAUUGAAUACAAUUGUGUUCUUCGUGGCAUUUAUCACAGUACAACUUUCGCCAGAUGGUGGGCCAAUCAGCUGGAAACAAACCCUGGACGGGCUAUCCUCCCAGGUAAAUUGCUCAGGCAAGGCAAUGAACGGGAGUGCAGAGAGAUUCGCACCGCGAUUAAUGCCCGCAUGAUAAUGAACAAUGAUAUUUCUGGUAUCGACGAUGACUCGGACUGCCUCCCGUGGGUCAUAUGGGGGCCCGUGAAGCCCUCAGAGAACACUUUAGCUGAUCUGGUUCGAAAGUGUCCGUCCAUGGGACAUCAAGUUGCGAUCACUUGUAUAAUGUGUGAUUACGGUUCGAUAUUCCGAAGUUUGAAGCCCCCAUACACCAGAUCCUUGUAUGUGGCUGCCCGGAGAAGUGAAAAUCCAUUCUACCUAAAAUAUCUUGAGGAAAUGAUGAAGGAGCGCGACAUAACUCCCCCGGAUUUUCACUACUUCAAGGACUUUGAUCACACUGCACCAGGCUUACAGACUGAUCUGGAGCCCAGAGAUGAUCUCACUGGUCCUACUGUCAGCUACCAUGACAUGGAGAUCGGGUAUGGGCAAUAUCCCUGUGGAAAUGAACACGAAGAAACUCGAGGUACAUAUGGAGGCGGGCUAGCAAAUCCGGGAAUGGUGGAGAGAUAUAUGUGGCUCUCAACUGAAACUGCACAGAAGUUGAAAGAUGAACUUGACGCACCCUACCCAGGUGCGGAUAUUGGUCUUUUGUAUGACGAUGAAGAACUUCGAUCCAAGCUUUCACGCUGUAUACAGCCCAUGGAUCGGUAGUAUGCAGGUUUCGAUAUGCCAAAUACAGUCAGUCCCUUUGAUUUUCGAGUAUUAUCUGCCGGAUAUUCGCUAGCUUGAUUACCGAUGGCAAUCUAGUGUAUACAGCUCAGUGACAGUGAUACAUGAGAUGGGGAUACACUGCGGCUUUGAUUGGCCAUGAAAUUAGAUUUGC